AUGUCGGCGCGAGAGAGGGCGGGGCUUGUGACAUCGCCGAUGGCCCGAAGACGGUUGGAGGGAACACCGUCAUCCCCAAAAAAGCCUCCAGUAAACAACAACCCUAGCGCGAGCGGUGGCGUUGAAAAAGUCGAGAAGGCACGUGAAUGGGAUAUCCAAGUGGUUAAUUAUCAGUGGCUGGCUGACAACUAUGCUGGUCAAAGGGUGGAAGCUGAUAAUCAACGUUAUCAGCUUGGUCAGCCAUGUGAUGGGGUCUCGCCGGGUCCGUAUGCAUUGGAAAUGAUUAACGAUCAGUUCAAGCAGCUUCUUCUUGCUUGGAAAAUGCCGCUGAUUGUAUCCCCCGAGCAAUGGCGACGUUCGUUUGAUACUAAGCAAGCGGUCGAGAACGAUGAAGGCGUCUUCCCGAAUAAGAAGUUGCGAAUGCAGUCAGCGCCUCCAAGUGAAGGAAAUCAGCGGCCAACAGCACAGGAACACAAGAAGUCCGGCACCACGCAUCCCGCAUACGUGGUUGCGUUCAGUGGAAUUGAUGACGAAAAUAAGCAUGUCUUAACUCAGAAACUCCGAUAUUUGGGCGGGCGAGCGUGUGAGGAGGUGUCUGAAUGUACACACCUGGUGACAACGAAUGGUCGUCGCACGGAGCGGCUACUGGAGGCGAUUUGUUUGGGCAAAAACAUCGUGAAUCCCUUAUUGGAUAAUACCCUGGAUUACUUUCUUCAUGAUGAAGAUCAGGAGCGGCAUUUGGGCUACAACUGCAAACGUAGCGUUGAUGUCCAGUUCUACAUAACACCAUCAGUGGAACCGAGUCGUGCAGUGCUAACAAAAUUGAUCAGACUAGCAGGUGGCACAGUACAUGAAGAUCGUCCAGCUCCGGCUGAUAUAGCUGUCGUCUACAACACUGAUAUGAUACUGAUAGCACUGAUGCGUCAAGAACUCGAGCCUCAUCCGCUUUAUCGAGUGAGCACAGCAUCUUUGGCAAGGCCAACGCCAGCACCUUCGUCUCAACCACCAUCGACACCUGGCCAUCCGCAGUUCCGCUCAACGCCUUCGCAACCACAGCCGCAUCGAGUCAAAGCUUAG